AUAAACAUAAAUACUGCGUGGUUCCGCAAUAUAAAAAUAUUCAGAAUCCGGACCUAUCUUAUCAUAACUUUCCUACAUCUUCAAAGCUCAAAAAGUUAUGGUUAAAAAGGCUACGAUUAAAAUACUGCAGUAGCAGUGAUAAUGUUUGUAGUGAACACUUUUCGUCUGAUGAUUUUUACUUUGGUAGUGAUUUUUGUAUAAGAAAAAAGUUGAAACCCUUAGCAACUCCAAGCCAUAACCUUCCAAAAACUUUUGUUUCUCAAAAACAAGUUAAUCUAAGUCUAAUUGAAUCAAGAGCUAAGAGACUUUUGCAAAGGAACCUCAGAAAAGCAAGAUAUAUUUUCAUUAGUAACAUGAUAAUGAAUGAAUUUUAAUUUCCAGAAUAAUAUUUUUUUACCUUUUUACAGAAGUGAGGUUAAAGCUACAUUUAUUGACAACAAUACCUUAACACAAGAAACACAAUUACUUGAAGGUUUUAGUUUGGAAAAUAACCCAGAAAAACAGCCAGAUUCAACUACAAUAAAAAGCAAUCAAGACAGCAAUCUUUUCAACACUGGUUAUUUAGUCUUGCAAGAUAACAGUCUAUUAGAAUGCAAUAUUUUGAACGAAGACAUAUUUUCUGCUGACAGCCACAAUCCCAGUCCUUUGUUACCCAGCGAUAAUAGUUUUGACUCGAAUGCGUUUCUGGCUGCAAAGUCACAACUAAACACUGAGCCUGUUAUGUUAAAAGUAAUAGAUGCUGCUACACAGACCAGCAUAGAUGACAGUGAUCCUAUUCUCAAAAGUAAGGUUGACGUAGGAGUCCAGGUCAUGCCAUAUGAAAUAAAAAUAUUUUCAAUUGGUGAUCGUUUGAAAACAGAUGAGCAUUUAAAUGCAUUUACUGGUAUUGGAUCUUUCAAACUAUUGGACUCCCUAAUAACAUGCAUGUCAAGAUUAAAGCAAGAACAAGGCAAGAAUAGAUAUACUCUUCCACACAGAGACAGAGUAUUAUUAACAAUGAUACGUGUUAAGUUGAAUAUUUCAUACACCUGCCUUUCAGUUUUUUUCUCAAUAUGUCCAAAUACAUGUAAGAAUGUAUUUUUGGAAACAAUAUGUGAUCUUAGUAUCAUUCUUUUACCAGUGAUCAGAUGGCCACCAAAAGAAGAAAUAUUGAAGAAUAUGCCUCAAUGCUUUCAAAAGUAUACAAGUACUGUUGGUGUUCUUGAUUGUACAGAAAUGAAAGUUGAAAAAGUGCAUUGUUUGACAUGCAAAAUUCGUACCUUCUCAUUUUAUAAAGGAGGUAACACUAGCAAAGUUAUAAUAUGUAUUACACCUUCUGGACUUAUAUCAUAUGUCAGCUCUUGUAAUGGUGGCCGUUCAUCUGAUAAACAAAUUUUUAAUGAGUCAGAUAUUGUGCAAGUAGACAAGGGUUUUCUCAUUGAAGCUGAAUGUGCAUUAGCUGGAGUCAAGUUGAUAAGACUACCUUUCUGCAAGAAUAAAAAAUUAACACGUGAUGAAAGUCAUGAGACAGCUACCAUUGUUGCAGCACGAGUACAUGUAGAGAGAACAAUCCAGCGUAUCAAACAGUUUAAAUUAUUAAAAGGAAUUAUUCCUCAUUACUUGGUCAAAAGUUUGGAUUACAUCUUAAUUACUGUAUGUGGCUUAGUGAAUCUCAGCCCACCUAUUUUAGGAGAAGAUACAUUUUUAUAAAAAAUCACAUGAAGUUUUAUUAUUUUUUUUUAUUGAAUCAAACUCUGCUCGUUAAUAUAAUCAACUGUGAACCAGGUGUGAUUCAUUUUUGUAUCGAAUAAAAGUGA